AUGAGCGGAGACGACGAUUGGUGGACUUCCUCCAAUGAGGCCGUCCUGGUCUCUCUCGUCACCCCUACCGACAACGGCGUCAAGACACUGCACACCUUCCACCCGGAAUACACAAACAACAUCUUCGGCGAAAAGGAACAGAUCUUUGGCUACAAGGGUCUACGCAUCAACCUUCAGUAUAAUGCCAGCGAUAUGCUGCCCAACCUCAAGGUGUCCUACAAGAAAAAGUACCAGAACACAGCCGACGAAGAGGCCCUCGGCAUCAACGACGUUUUGUCCGACUUCCUCCCCGAAAUCGCCUUCCAGAAGCAGUCUGAUUUUGAAACCCGACUCAAGUCCAUUCCCGACAACUGGACCCCACCCGGAACUCUCGUCACAAGCUUCAGCAACAAACAUGGGGACUUCCAAGUCUAUUCCGGCAAGAUAACAGAUCCGGCAGUCAAGCAGCUCCUCAACCGCAUCCAGAUUCUCGUUCCCUUCUUCGUCGACGCAGGCACUCCUAUCGAUCUUGAGGACCCCGAUGCCGACCGAUGGACAUUCUAUUUCCUCUACAACAAGCGUUCCCUUCCCGACCACCCCGACAAGUCCUCAUACUACUUCGCCGGCUACAGUACCCUCUACCGGUACAAUACUUUCCUACCACCCACCGAGACCGAAUCGAAGACCCCAACCGAUACCCCACCCUUCUCCCUCGACGGUGACUUCGACCUCGAUACCCUCCCGUGCCGUACCCGUAUCUCACAGUUCAUCAUCAUCCCGCCCUUCCAGCAAAAGGGCCUCGGCUCGCGCCUCUACAGCAUCAUCUACCAACAAUACCUCAAGCACGAGCCAACCAUUCAGCUGACGGUGGAAGACCCUAACGAAGCCUUCGAUGACAUGCGCGACCUCGCCGACCUCGCAUUCCUCAGCAAACAACCCGAGUUCCAAGCGCUCAAGAUCAAUACCAGCAUCGCGAUUCCCGAGGAGGGCAAAGCCCCCAAUAAUAUCGUCGACCAAGCAGCCGUUGAAGCCUGUCAAAAGAAGUUCAAGAUCGUUCCCCGGCAGUUUGCCCGGGUACUCGAGAUGUAUCUGAUGUCUCAGCUCCCCGAGAGCGUCCGGCCAGGUCUGGGCGCUCCCGAGGAGGAUGAAGACGAGGAACAAGACGUCAGGAGCAAGGGCAAAGGCAAGGAGAAGGCCCUGCCAGAACCCACAGCCGAAGACGAGCACACGUACAGGUUGUGGAUGAUGCUCGUCAAGAUGAGGCUAUACGUGCACAACAGGGACGUGCUGGGUCAGCUGGAGCUUAAGGAGCGCAGGGAUGAGCUGGCCAAGGUUUUUGCCGGUGUGGAGUUCGAUUAUGCGAGGUUGCUGAUCAAGGCUGAGGAGCAGGCCAAGAUGGCUGCUGCUGGUGAGACUGACCAGGUGCCGGCUACUCCUUCUGCUGCUAAUGGUAAGCGCAAGUUGGACGAGGUUGAGCAAGCGGAGGGAGCUGAAGCUGCGUCGAGCAAGAAGGCUAGGGUCGAGAGCGGGAGUGAUUAG